CAGCCAUGGCGCUGGUGAAGGUGACCGACCGACCACAACUCUCGUUUCACAUGACGGCAGCCGACUUGGCGGAAGCACAGCUCCGCGCGUACAACGCCAAGGACUUGGACGCGUUCUGCGCAUGUUAUAGCGACGACGUGGAGGUGUACCGCAUGCCUUCGAUGACGCCGGCCGUCGUGGGCCUUGCAAAGUUUCGCGCCAACUACGUCGCGACGUUCAACAACCCGGCGGUUCACGCGACGGUGCCGACGCGCGUGACCAUGGGCAACAAGUGCAUGGACCACGAGCUGUGCUUCAAGGCCGAGAACAGUCCGCCCGUGGAACUCAUGGUGAUGUACGAAACCCGCGCGGACAAGAUCUUCAAAGUCACAUUCUAUUACAACGAGGACAAGUAGGACGAAAGAACUGUAUCGUUUAUGAUUGUUUAAGUUGCUCCAUUCGUCAUACUGUCGUCCACCCAUCGCAUGCACCAUCCGUCGGCGUCCCCAGAGAUGACUUGGCGCUGAUCCACGGUCAAAGCCAGCGCCGUCACGGACGCGCGGUGCUCCACGAGCAACUUCAUCACCACCAGCUGACAUGACGGCACGACGGCAUCAACUUUCUUAGCCAUUCCUCCUCGCUCGCUCGGCUUGGACACGACGAAGCUUGACGUGGUAGUGCCGCCGCCGCGAACGUCCUUGGCGUCGGUGGGGUACUUGACUCCCCAGCAUGCGAUCGUGCCGUUGGCAUGCCCCGUGACCAGCACGACUCCAUUCUGCCACACGUCACAGGUCGUACAAAGAGCCGCCGUCUACACACAUCAAGAUCGUCUGAAUAAUUAUAUAUAUAUAUAUAUGAACUCGAAACUAUCAG